AUGUCUCCAUCUGAGAAAGAGGACUCUAUCGAGUUCGACGGAUUAGGACAGAGGAAAGCGGGAGUUGGAGGCAGUGCUGCAAGGAGACACGAUCCAUUAGCACCAGAGCCCCUAGACUUCCACGAGACCUCCAUCGAGUUCGACCCAACCUGCGACCUAGUCGUCGUGUUUCCAGUACCGUUACAUGAAGUCUUCGGUUGCGGGUACAUCGCUUUGAAUGGGUAUAAGACAGUCCAGAGGUGCAAGGGGUUGAUAGCCAAGGUCAAGCUCAAAUGGGGAUAUACCGUGCCGGAAGAUGAUCAACCCAGUUGUCCUGCCGAUAGUCAACAUAAUGUCGGAGCAUUUCCUUCACUGUUCGAACCAUGCGUUCUGAUUGUCCGUCGGUUUGGGGGUGAUAGGGUGUAG